AUGGUGCGGUAGUGUCCAACACGGAAGUGGCAUCUUGAGUCAUUUUUUGGACGCGUGUGUGUGUGUGUGCACCGUGAGCGCUUCGUCUUCCAUUAACACAGAUAUCAAAAGUCCAACAGCCAACAAGGUCGGAGCUGCGUGCGGUGCGGGUAUGUGGUCCAGCGGAGAAGCAGUGUUACGGGCCGUGGAGGCGCCGCUGUUCUGGCUCGGUGCUCUCACAGCGGCCUGGAUCUCCGUGUGCUCCGUGUACCGGCUCCUAUCCGGGAUCAAGCUGUGGGUGCUGGGCAACGGACGGCUUGUGUCACCCGCUAAACUGGGGAAGUGGGCAGUUGUGACAGGAGCCACAGAUGGGAUUGGAAAAGCUUAUGCGGAGGAGCUUGCCCGCAGAGGUUUUGCCAUCGUUCUGAUCAGCCGCUCUCAGGAGAAACUGGAUGACGUUUCCAAGGCGAUCUCGAGCAAAUGUGGUGUGGAGACUAAAACAAUCGCGGCAGACUUCAGUGCUCUGGAUAUCUACUCUAAGAUUGAAGAUGGACUUGCAGGACUGGAGAUUGGAGUUUUGGUGAACAAUGUGGGAAUAUCCUAUUCUUACCCUGAAUUCUUCCUCAACGUCCCCAAUAUCGACUCUUUCAUCGACACCAUGGUCAACAUUAACAUAAUGUCAGUGUGCCAGAUGACACGUCUGGUUUUACCUCGAAUGGUGGAGAGGAAGAAGGGGGCCAUCCUCAACAUCUCGUCUGCCAGUGGGAUGUACCCUGUUCCUUUCCUUACUGUCUACUCUGCCUCCAAGGCAUUUGUGGACUUCUUUUCACGAGGACUGCAAGCUGAAUACCAGAGCAAAGGCAUCAUUGUCCAGAGUGUUCUGCCGUUUUUUGUUGCAACCAAGCUGAGUAAAAUCCGCCGACCUACGCUGGGCAAGCCCAGUCCAGAGCGCUAUGUUUCAGCUGAGCUCAACACUGUGGGGCUACAGACCCAGACCAACGGCUACCUUCCCCACGCCAUUAUGGUAAGUCUGGGGCUGGGUGUCUACAGCUCUGCUCCCUGCCAAGAUCGUCAACAGCUACACGACGAGGAUGCUUUUGUCCCAACGCGCUCGUUACCUCAAGAAGCAGAAGCAGGGAUAGAUAGAUGGGCAGCGGCUGGGAGCGGCAGCAACAGACAGAGGGGACCAGCUGUGUUAAUGACUCGUCCGACUACCAUCAUCAUCAUGGACCAAGAAGAGAAAACGUGACAGUUUCUGGGCAACACCUCAGUUUCCCUCCCUCUGAUACUCUCAGUCAUAGAUGAUGUGAGACAGUAUUUGGCCACGGUUGCCGCUACAUGUAUUCAAUCCAAACAGUUGUGUGAAUAAAUAAAACGGUGCUCUUCUGUGAGUGAUCAGCUUUAAUAAAUUGAACACUUAACAUGGAAACUAAAAACAAUUUCCAAAAAAUACCCAUCUGUCUGCAAAACGUGAUUGAACAUUAAGCCUUCGUGAUAAGGGAAGCAUAUCGAUAAUUUGGAUGUGUCCGAAGUCGGAGGCCUCUGUAUGUUUGAGUCUCCUGUGAGUACGCGGGACAGCUUUUAACUGUGUGGUCUAGCUUAAAGCUAUAUAGUCGAACAACGGAGGUGGUACUCCUUUGUGAUAAUAGCUUUCUUAAUCCCUCAUUCUUUGGGAUCUUUUUUUUUUUUUCAUUUAACAUCAGAGGUUUAAAAGCACUGAGAUUUACACCUUUCUCCUUGAGCACCAACUCAAAGUCAUUUAAGAUGAAUUGUUUGCUUUUAUUCUUAAUAUUUUCUCUACCGACGUGCUGGUGAGGGAACAACGUGUAAUUGAAUCAAACUACAUUUCAACUGUAAAAAAAAUAAUUGGGGGAUCUGUAGAUGAAUAGCCAGCACAGAGGGAAACGGUUGUGGUAAUUAUUGAAUGUUGUGCUAUGUUUGCAUACUAAAUUGAUUUUACUGUUCCAGAAAAGUUCCAGAAAGUUCUCUCAAGAUAAAGUUAAACCCUAAUAAGUAGGUGGUUUGUUCUACAUUAAUCUCAAUGGUUUCGCAUGUAUACUAAAACUCUAAACCAAACCAAAUGUAUACAAGACAAACCAAUGAAAUGGUGUCAAAUCUCUGAUACACUUAUUUGACUUUCUCUUUUGAGAACUACAUGUAUGUUGAGUUUGUGUGUUUUUGGCAGUAGUAGUUUUUUUAAUUUAAUUUGUCUCUGCUGAGAUAACAUCUUCAGAUUAUAAUGUAUUAAUUUACUUGGUUUCACUCAUUAUAACUAUUUAGGUGCAGCAGCCGGGGACCAACUUCACUUCUU